UUACGACACAGACGUGCGACGGAAAUCUGUCAAUGCAUUUUUUUUUGGUCUGCUGACGAACCACUAGACCUGUCAAAAUUGCCUGCUUUUUUGGUUGAGGUUUUAGCAACUGUUUUACUUCUUUUGAAUAUUUUCCAUGAAAUAAUGGGUCGUGGAUAUAUAGUCCAAGAUGAUGUGGAGGGAUAUCUGUCGAAACUCUGUGAACAAAAGGCAGACCCAGUCACAGGACUGCUAAUUGGACAGAGCUCAACGCAAAGGGAUUUUGUUGUCAUGGCAAUUCGGACCCCCCAAAAGGAGGAGUCUGCUGCAGCAGCUAGAAACUCUGUGGACAAGGAGUGGGUCACCGAGCAUGCUCGACAGGUGUCCAGGAUGCUGCCCGGAGGCCUCUCUGUAGUGGGAGUCUUCAUCAUCACUAAUGCAGAUGCCAAGGACGCACUAACUACACUCCGACAGCUGCUGUUUGCAGUGGAAAAUCUGAUCUCCUCUGAGCACCUGUGGGACCCUGCAGAUGAUGAUGUCACAGACUGUGUCACGCUGCACAUCAAUCCCAAAACCAGAAAAACUGUCUGUAGAACCUUUGACAUCAAAGACCCCAAGAGUGUGGCUAAGCCUGCAGAUUGGAAGUACCAGUCGGGUUUGUGCUCCUCCUGGGCCACCGUGUCAUGCAGUCUAAAUGUAGACAUGCUGCUACCACUACCAAACAACAGAACCAGCACAGGAAAUAUGGAGGAAUGCCUUAAGGAAGGACUGAAAGCGUGGGCACACCAGAUUGAGAGCGGACUGUGUCUGAUUGAUGGAAAAAGGCUACCCGAGGACUCGGAGCUCACAGUGGGACAGAGGAGGAAUGUGAGACAGACAUACACAGCUCAGCUGCUCAUCACAACGGAAAACAAGAGGUUAACAGAUGUGAUUGAGCAGUGUGGCGGCAGCGUGUCAGUAACAGGAGCAAUCCACAGCAGAGCUUAUCUACACAGCAACAAGCCAAAGGCCAGACUGGCAGAGAAGCUGCUGAAGAGGGAUGUGGUUUCUACGGUGGCCACGAGAGUUCAAAUGAUGCUGGAGGAGCUGCUGGCAUCAGACCAGGAGAGCAAGGGCAGCUGCAGAGACAAACAACAGAAAGAGCUGUUCUGCCUCCCCCAUCGUAUCUUUUGUCCACUAAAAGUCAGCGGGCCACUCUGUGUGUGUGACUACCAGUUCAGUGAUGAGGGUUUAUCUGAGGUGACUGAGCGGUUGAAGGAGAUGCUGGACAUUGAUGCAGCUGAGGAAGACUUGGAUACCAGACAGGAAAUGACUUUUGAAAUCACAGGGUGUGAUAUUACACCAGAGCCCACUCAAGAAAAAGUCGAGGCGCCAGAGCACAAGAAAAACUACAUUGGUGUUGCCAUGGCUACAGCUGUUGCCUUACUUGCUACUGCCGCCUCGAUGCUGUAUCUCAAUGACAUUUGAGGAAAAUGAAAUAAAGAAAUAGUGUUUUGUUUUGA